GGACCCUGUCUCAAAACAAACGGCAGGGCCAGGGAUGCAGGGCAGCGCGAAGGGCCUGGCUCCACCCCACGACUGAAGCAGAGAGGCCGCGAAUUCGCAGAGCCGCGCUCUGACUGUUCUUCUCUCCGCAGGUUUCCCUCCUCGCUGUGCGUGGGCCUCGGCCAGAUGCUGGCCACCGUGGCGGUGCUGUGGGUGGGGAAGGCGCUGAGAGUGGUCAAGUUCCCUGAUUUGGACAGAAAUAUACCUCGGAAGACGUUUCCACUACCUCUCCUGUAUUUUGGGAACCAAAUCACGGGACUUUUCAGCACAAAGAGACUGAACUUGCCAAUGUUCACAGUCCUGAGAAGGUUCUCCAUCCUGUUCACGAUGCUUGCAGAAGGCGUUUUACUCAAGAAGACUUUUUCUUGGGGUAUUAAAAUGACUGUAUUUGCAAUGAUUAUUGGCGCCUUUGUAGCUGCCAGCUCGGACCUGGCGUUUGAUCUGGAAGGAUAUGUUUUCAUUUUGAUAAAUGAUGUCCUGACGGCAGCAAAUGGUGCAUACGUAAAACAAAAAUUAGACUCGAAAGAGCUGGGAAAGUACGGCCUGCUCUAUUACAACGCGCUGUUCAUGAUUCUGCCCACGCUGGCCAUCGCGUAUUUCACGGGAGAGGCGCAGAAGGCGCUGGAGUUUGAAGGCUGGGCUGACACCCUCUUCCUUCUGCAGUUCGUCCUCUCCUGUGUGAUGGGGUUCAUCCUGAUGUAUGCCAUUGUGCUCUGCACGCAGUACAACUCUGCGCUCACAACCACGAUUGUCGGCUGCAUUAAGAAUAUAUUAAUCACUUAUAUUGGAAUGGUCUUUGGUGGAGAUUAUAUUUUCACAUGGACAAAUUUCAUUGGUUUAAAUAUCAGUGCUGUCAUCUUGGGAGCCCCACUCCAGCCGCUCAGCUCAGGAGCCUGCACGCGCCCCGUGCCUUUCUCCCUGGCCAGUGCAGCAGCAGAUGUUGGCAGAGUCGCUUCUCACGGGCAGCGACCUGUCAUCGUCUCGUGAGCCCAGCCCGCCUGGCCGAGGCUGUGGCCGUGGAUGUGCAUGUGCUGGGCUGGAUUCCCUGACCUCCCUGCCCCUGGCCAUUUCUCGGCACAGUGGACAGCCUGUGCUUUGUACACAAAGUCAGAUGUGUUCUUGUAACGCCCUUGCCCCACCGUCCUUGUGACCCCUGUGAGCCCUGUCCCUCUUCAGCCUCCAACUCCAGCCCCUGCCCCUGCUGUCAUCCCUGUGGCACUGUCUGCCGCUCUUCGAGCUGUCCCUGUGAGCUCUCGGGCUCGGCGUUUUCUCGGCCUGGAGCAGUGCACGGCCAGGAGGUUUGGUGAGAUUCUUCACACCUGUGUUUUUGCUCAGCUCUUACCUUCUCAGGUAAACCUACCUGAUCGCCACAUUGUAAAGCUCAUCCUCAACCAUGCUCUGAAUCUAUCUUGGCUUUUGUAUUUAUCUUUCCCAGAGUAUUGAAUCAUUUUCUAAUGUGCUAUAUAAUUUCUUUUCUGUGUUUACUUUUUCUUCUCUCCUGGAAGAGUAUGAGUUUCAUAAGGGUAGAAAUUUCUGCCUGUGUUAUUCACUGAUAUUUUCCAGGCUCCUAGAAUGAAUGCUGGUAGUUGCUUAAUAAAUACUUGUGCGAUGAAUUCUGUAUGGAUGGGUGAAAGAACACUUUAGAAGUGGUAAUGCGCUCCACUGGCAUCCCUUUAAUUUGUAGCCGGCUGUCUAACCGUUCCGACCUCUCGUGUCCUUGGAUGUAGAUGGUACUUGGGAGUCAGUGUGGGGACUGACUGUCCGUAGGCUGCUGGCUCACUUUGGCCCUUCCCUGGCCUGCCCCCUUUGUCCUUCAGAGGAAAGUCCUGUGUGGGUGUGGGGCUGGGGCCUGAAGGCUGGAGGCCGUCGCGGGGAGCUGUGCAGUCGGGUGUCUGGCCUUGCUUUGACUUCAGUUGAUGCUUGGGUUCUUUGUGACAUUGAGCAAAUUGUUUACUUCUCUCGGUUUCAAUUUUCUUGUGUUGACAUGAAAACAAUUUUCACUUUAGAGAUGUCUAAGGGUUGCCAGGCACCUGUCCACAGCUUUCUGUUUCCUCUUUCAUGAAUGUUUGGGAGGAAGGACUGGGAUGUCUGGAGUGACGUGGCGAUUCUCCUCUGGCUCUGAGUGUGGCCUGGUGCCAUUCAUUUCCGACACUGGGGAUACAAAUACAGACCUGACCCAGAGGUGACGUACAAAACCGGCACACGUCAUGGUCUGAUAAACUGAGAAGGAAAUGUAUUGGCAAGAACAAAGUGUGUGUGAACAAACUUCACCAAGGAAGUGGAAACUCUAAUAUAACGAAAAUAUAAAAUAAAAUAAAUAAGGAAGAUCCAAAUAAAUAGGACAACAACCCAUCCUCCUGGGUUCAAGACUCAGUACUGCUCAUGUUAAGUUGUCCAUAUCCACACCACCCAAA